GUGUAAAACUCAGCCCUAAGUAUCCUCUUCCUCUUGUGCCACGCCGCAUUCGAUAGUCCCCGCCACGACGCCUACGGUAAAGUAUGGCCAGUUGCGUUUGGCGUAUUAUUCGCAAGCAAGCCAUUCUUGACCCGCCUUGUUACGAACUUACCUCUAUUAUACCUACAUCUCAUAGUACAAUAUCAUGACUAGCAUUGAGUGGGUUUGUUGCCUAAGCUCCGAAAACCAUUAUGUAAAGGUAGCUGAUACCUCCUCGUUGCGUAUCGCAAUUGUAGGAUGAUUCAAGUGUACAUAACCUCAUGGAGAUAGUUGUGACCAGCCGCUCUUUUUGCCAUUUUUUGCCAUAGCUCCGUUUGACGAUUAUUAAGACUUCAACGGGAAGCAAGUUCUCGGCCAUCAGCGUAUCAAUAUAACCCUAGGAAACGCUCGUAAUAUCCAGAAGACCUUAAAGGCGUACGACCGGCGUAUUAAGGAUUCUGACACAAUCAUGUUGAAAAAGAUGAACUUUUUCAAACGACGUCGGUCGAAUAAACCAUCCGUGACGGGGGCGGGGGAAUUGGACGAGCAAUUCGCGAAGGUUAAUACCACGAAGUCUUCGUUGGGCGAUAGCAAGGAUACGACUCUAGGCCGACCUGCCGGAUCUUUGGAAGAAUUACCAGGUUACGGAAGUUCAACAGACCAACGAAUAGCAUGGGAUGCGUUUGAUCGUCCAGCCCAGUCUUCCGUCCCGUCUCUCGCGAGCGACCGCAGUUGUGCUAUCACAUCACCGUCUCCGGCGCCUACGGUUCAACCACUUUACGAAAUAUAUGCAUUGCCUGAACCGACAGUCUCGGGCGAGAUAUCCUCGAGACAUUCAUGCGACUCUUUCGACGAGCCCGAACCUACCUUGGACACGUCAACCUCGUUUUUACUUGAUGCAACACCUCCUCGGACUCGAAGACGAUAUACGGAGUCAGCGGCUAAGCCAGAAGCUGGGUUGAAAGCUUUAUUUGAGACGCCUUCCCAUAUAGAGCCACAUCCAAGAUCAUCUCCAAGCGAGCCUGCCCCUUUACAUAGCCGCCCGAACAAUUCUGGGUUAUUUGGCCCCCCUCUUGAAGAAUCGGCGUAUGCAUCGCCAAAUAUAACGAGUCAUCAGCCCUUAGUUUCCGAGUCCUUCACCGCCCACGAGCUUCCUAGCGACGCAGAAGUUCAGACUACUCAAGUUCGCGCACCGCCUGUUAAGCCUCUCUUCAUAUUGACUCCGCCUCAGACCCAAUCGGACGUCAAGCCAUCGCGCCGACUCGACGUCGAGGCGAAAAGAAAGACGGAAGAUGAACCUUCGCCGAGUCAGAAGAUCGCCUUAGCCCAGGUGUUCAUGUACCAAGCCCGAAUGACCAACCAACCGGCCUACAACACGAAGACAACUUCAGCUAUUACAGAUGAUGGCAUUUCGUUCGAAUCAAAACCUUCUGGACUACAGCUCUCUCCAAGUGCAAGGGCUGGAGCGAGGCGGCCCAGGAGUGUAUCGACGUCGUCUAUAAGAGCAACACCUAAUACGUUAUUGUCGUAUGAUAACACAAUAGUCCCUCGUCCACUACAGGCCGGCUUCAUGAUCUCUGAGCUCGAUGGAAGUGUUACUAAGGGAAAUGCGGUUGAUAGUGAAGCAUGGCGGAGGAAAAGCAAGAUGCUCCAAUCAGACUCAUUCGGCUAUCAUAUUGGAGUGGUAGCUUGAAAUGAGAAAGUCCGAAACGAAAGAUAUAGCGCGAUAUACAUAUUAGACAUGGUAUAGCCGUCGUCUAAACUAAGCACUAUCAAAAGUCGUCGUAUUCAAUAAGACUCAGCAAACUCCGAACUGCAAUCCGAGAGAAGACUAGGAAGGAAAAUUUUACCUGUUCUCUAGAAGGACUAUAAGGUCGUCAGUGGAGGUUUAUGAUCAUGGAUGGACCCUUUUUGCGAUAUCACCUGUGCCCUCACAGCAGAUUCGCUAAUACGAGUAGUAUGGCUAUAUGAUAUCAUAUUGAAACGUUAGGAUACCCAGAAUACUUACUGAAAGAUUUCAUAAUAAGUAAAGAGAUCUUCUCUAAAUGCGCCCAACUCGUCAAUAUAAUUAUGGCGACCGUCGAUGAUAAUGUAGGAUACCAGGUAAUGCUAAUUCGUUGGGAGUCGACAAGGCAGCAUCUCAGUGUAAUCUGUCAGAUUUUAUGUCAUUUUUUAGGCGUCAUUGAGGCCUAAUAGGCGUUUGUCCAAUCAUAAAUAUCAUUUAUCUGGUACCUGACAAACAGUCAAUUAUUUCCAUUGGGUCUAGGUAUGUAAGAGGUUGGGUAUUUAAAAAAGCAUGUGAAGAGUCUUAAGAAAG